GUCUCCAAAAACAAAUCUCUCAAAACAAAAACCCGCGCCAUAUACUAAACCCCUUUCUUCCUCCCCAAAAACAAAGCGAAAGAGAGUAACAGAGUUAGAUUAUGGGAACAUCGGUUCAAGUAACACCACUUAGUGGUGUUUACAACGAAAACCCUCUAUCUUACCUGGUCUCAAUCGAUGGUUUUAACAUCUUAAUCGAUUGUGGUUGGAAUGAUGCUUUCGAUACCUCUCUUCUUAAACCCCUUUCCAGUGUAGCUUCCACUGUAGACGCUGUUCUGUUAUCACAUUCAGAUACACUGCAUCUCGGUGCUUUGCCAUAUGCCAAGCAGCAUCUUGGACUCAAUGCUCAAGUUUAUUCAACUGAUCCUGUUCAUAGACUAGGACUUUUGACGAUGUACGAUCACUAUUAUUCACAAAAGCAAGUUUCAGAUUUUGACCUGUUUUCUCUGGAUGACAUUGAUUUCGCUUUUCAAAGCAUCGAGACACUAAAAUAUUCUCAGAAUCAUCACCUGACUGGUAAAGGAGAAGGAAUUGUUAUUGCUCCUCAUGUAGCGGGGCAUCUAUUGGGCGGUACUGUCUGGAAAAUAACAAAAGAUGGGGAGGAUAUAAUAUACGCCGUAGACUUCAAUCAUCGUAAAGAAAGUCACUUGAAUGGAACUGUCUUAGAGACAUUUGUGCGGCCUGCCGUUCUGAUAACCGAUGCUUACAAUGCUUUGAACAGUCAGGAUCCUAGAACCAAAAUUGAGAAAGGUUUCUUAGGUAAAAUUAGGAAUACCCUAGAAGGAGGUGGGAAUAUACUGCUUCCUGUGGAUUCAGCAGGGCGGGUUUUGGAACUUCUUUUGGUUAUGGAACAGUAUUGGGCACAGAAUCAUCUGCCUUAUCCUAUUUAUUUUCUUACAUAUGUUUCUUCGAGUACAAUUGAGUAUGCAAAGAGCUUCCUUGAGUGGAUGAGUGACACAAUUGCGAAGUCUUUUGAAGACACACGUGACAAUGCUUUUCUUUUGAAGCAUGUUACACUCAUGAUCAACAAGAGUGAGCUGGAGAAAGUACCAGAAGGCCCAAAAGUUGUUUUAGCUUCAAUGGCCAGCUUGGAAGUGGGAUCUUCUCAUGAUAUAUUUGCUGAAUGGGCAACUGAUGUCAAGAAUCUUGUUCUAUUUACGGAGAGAGGGCAGUUCGGAACAUUAGCUCGAAUGCUUCAGGCAGAUCCACCUCCUAGAGCUGUAAAGGUCACUAUGCGCAAUAGGGUUCCACUGGUAGGGGAAGAGUUAGUAGCUUUUGAAGAAGAACAAAACCGAAUAAAGAAGGAAGAAGCAUUAAAAGCUAGUGUAAGCAAAGAAGAAGAUAUUAAAGCAUCUAAUGGAUCUGAUGUCAAAGAAGAUGAUCCAAUGGUCAUUGAUGCAUCUAAUGCCCCUGCAUCAUCUGAGGUGACUGUACCACAUGGAGACGCUCAUCGAGACAUCUUCAUUGAUGGAUUUGUUCCUUCUUCUACAAGUGUAGCUCCAAUGUUUCCUUUUUAUGAAAACUCUUCCGAAUGGGAUGAUUUUGGUGAGAUCAUUAACCCCGAUGACUAUGUAGUCAAGGAAGAGGACAUGGAUCUUAUGUCAAUGCAUGUUGGGGGAGAUUUAGAUGGCAAACUUGAUGAAGUAGCUGCUAACUUGAUACUUGAUUCAAGACCUUCAAAAAUUGUUUCAAAUGAAUUAACGGUGCAAGUGAAGUGCUCAUUGGUUUACAUGGACUUCGAGGGUCGUUCAGAUGGCCGGUCUAUUAAAUCAAUUCUUGCCCAUGUCGCUCCUCUGAAACUUGUUUUGGUACACGGAUCAGCAGAGGCUACUGAGCAUUUAAAGCAGCACUGCUUGAAGAAUGUGUGUCCCCACGUCUUUGCUCCGCAGGUUGGAGAAACAAUUGAUGUCACCUCGGAUUUGUGUGCUUACAAGGUGCAACUUUCUGAAAAACUGAUGAGUAAAGUACUAUUCAAGAAGCUUGGAGACCACGAGGUAGCUUGGAUUGAUUCUGGGGUAGAGAAGACCGAAACCGAAAUGCUGUCUCUACGUCCUAUCUCAACUGCACCUCCGCCUCAUAAAUCUGUUUUUGUUGGUGACUUAAAACUAGCAGAUUUCAAGCAGUUCCUCGCAAGCAAAGGAGUCCAGGUUGAGUUUUCUGGGGGUGCUUUGCGAUGUGGGGAGUAUGUUACACUGCGCAAGGUUGGAGAUGCAACCCAAAAGGGUGGUACAGGCGGUACUCAACAAGUGAUUAUCGAAGGUCCCUUAACUGAAGAAUAUUACCAAAUUCGUGAUUAUCUCUAUUCACAGUUCUAUUUGCUAUAACGUGAUAAAUGAAACCCUCCUGCUUGCAAUAUUUGUCCAUCUGUAGGAGUGACAACAGGAGUUUAGUCAGAAUAUUUGGAUGUUGUAUUAAACUAUGUAAACUUCAGUCAGAGAUACAAAUAUAUAAAGAGAAAUUUGUAGCUCACAUCUUUGCAGUUCCAGUAUUUGUUCAGCUUUUGUAACAUGAACGAGAUAGUGUUACUUGGAUGAAAUUUUACC